AUGAUGUAAAAAAGAAAUUAGGAGAUCUCCAGGUAUAAAAUUCGUUCAAUAUAACAUGAAAUGAUGUUUGGCCAAUUAAAGUACUUGUAAAAUGAUUAUUAGUUAUUAGGUAGGGGGUCAUUUGGUAAGGUAUAUUUAGUAAAAAUUAAAGAUAAAUUAUAUGCAAUGAAGUAGAUUAAGAAAAAGUUAGUAUUAAAGAAAUAGCAACUAGAAAAUAUACUUUGUAAGUUAUUUGGUUAUUAUUUUAGAUGAAAGAUUCAUAUUGUAAAAAUAUGAUCAUACUUUUAUUAUAAAAAUUUAUUUUGUUUAUUAAGAGCCUUUAUUUAUCAAUAUGGUUAUGGAAUUUAUAUAAGGAGGAGAAUUAUUUUAUCAUUUGAAUAAAAGAAAAAAGUUUGAUUAAAAAACGACUGCUUUUUUUACAUCUUAAAUAGUUUUGGCACUUGAAUUUUUGCAUGAGGCUGUUGGAGUUGCUUAUAGAGAUUUAAAACCUGAAAAUGUUUUGCUCUGUAAAGAUGGUUAUAUAAAAUUGGCAGAUAUGGGUUUAGCAAAAAAUAAUAAUGAAUUAAAUUAUUCAUUUUGUGGUAAGAGAGAGGACAUAAUUAAUCAGUUGACUUGUGGACCUUAGGCUGUUUUAUUUAUGAAAUGCUUUUUGGUCAUCCUCCAUUUUAAGAUCUAAAUAAGAAAAAUUUAUAUAGGAAAAUUCAAACAGGUGAAUAUAAGUUUCCAUUAAAGGUUAGUGAAUCAGCAUAAUCUCUAAUUAAAGGAUUACUAUAAUAUCAUCCUGAAGAAAGAUUAAAUUUUAAAUAGAUUAAAUAGGAUGAAUUUUUUCAAGAAAUUGAUUUUGACUAAAUAUAUUAGAAGAAAUUAAACCACCAUUUGAACCUUUAUUAACAACUGAAAAAGACACAAGAAAUUUUGAUUAUGUAUUGGAGAGUCA